CUCCACUUCUGAUCUUAUCAUGAACAGAUGGUCAUUGGAACACCUGAAGAUGAUUGGGCCUUGGGCCAUCCUGAGGAACUCCUGGAACUGAGGUGAUUGGCCUCCACAGUCAUCUUUCUUUGUGCCAGAUAUAUCUAUAUUGCAGAAAGUUUAGCCCAUAAUAUCCAUAUUAUGGAAAUAAAUCCGAACAAUACUCUGACUCCAGUGAAGACUUUGCAUGUGGGAACUUCGCCAGACAAUCUGGAGGUGGAUCCCAAGACUGGAGAUGUGUGGAUUGGAUGCUGUCCCAUUUGUUGGAAACUAUUCUUCUACAAUCCUGAAAAUGCCCCAGGAUCCGAGGUAAUCAGAAUUGAAAACAUUCUCUCUAAGGACCCAAAAGUAACCCAAGUGUAUGUGAGCAACGACUCUGUUCUCCAAGGCUCAUCAGUUGCAAUUGUUUAUGAAGAAAAAUUGCUUAUAGGCACAGUCUUCCACAAAGCCCUCCACUGUGAGCUUGGCUCAUAACCAUAGGUUGAUGCGUGCUUUCACAGUCAUUGAAGACCUGUCUGUUCAGGCAGUGAAUAAAAAGUUUUUGUAAUUCUUCUUAUUCUUAAGCAAUGAUUUUAAUGGUGGUUUUAUUUUAUCUACAAUGGUAAUAAAUUGUGAUAUAAAUGUUUUUAGUAAAGUAUUCCAUUAUAAUUGGAGAU